AUGACGCGGACCGGCCCUUCAAAUAACACCAUCUCUUGGGAGACCAAGAGUGUUGCCCCUGACGAAGGCAGCAGAAUUGAUUCGGUCGCCGGUCACGAUGCGAGGCCCAAAGGGCGCAUUCGUCGAUCCAUGACGGCUUGUAAUACUUGUCGCAAGCUGAAGACUCGAUGCGAUGUUGAUCCACGAGGUCAUGCUUGUCGCCGCUGUUUAUCUCUGAGGCUCGACUGUGAACUCCCAGAGACGUCUGAACGGUUCCAGGACAAUGCAUCAACCUGGUCUGAUGCCACUGCCGUGCCCUCGAUAGAGGAACGGCUUGUCUCUCUGGAACGAGGCAUGGGGGAGAUGAUCCACCUGAUGCGGCAAAUGGUUGAUCGUCCUCCCAGCAUGUUCGGCAGUUUAAACUCGCAGACGAGAAGCGGCAGCAUAGACGAGGCCUCGAAUGAUAGCGUGUCGGCAUCAUUAUACCCCCUGAAACCGGCUCAGCUCAUUCGAGAUCUUCAAGCGGAAUGUUUUGGGGAGAGAGAUCACUUCUCUUCCGACGAUGAUAUCCUUGGGGACAUCGUCACCCAGGGUAUUGUAGACUCUAAGCUCUCACUGAAGCUGAUUGAACUAUUUGUGGAGUAUUUCGGCCAUUGGGUUUCCAUAAGCCACUCGUCCAGCAUUCAACGAUCAAAUACACUCUUAUUCAACACCGCAUGUCUCCUCGCUGCACGAUACCUGCCUGGCUUACCACAGCAUACUGUCCGCGAUAUCUCUCUCCACGUUCAACAUGCCGUGGCUAAGAUGCUGUGGAAGCCCCCACCCCUGACAAGCGAUAUGCUGCAGGCGUUGACAUUAUUAUGUCUAUAUUCUACCGCCAUUCAUAAAGAAGGACUGAUGGACGACUGGUUGUUGAGCGGGAUCUCAAUCAACCAUGCCCUAAUUUCCUUCAACUUCCUCAAUACUCUGCCCAGGGAUAGCAUCAACCCUGAUGAACUACUUGCCCAGUUGCGUCUGUGGAAUACACUCUGCGCAACCCAACUACACUCGGCUCUCGCAAACGGCCGCACCGUCAACAUUCAACAGCAAUAUAUGGAUCAAUGCCCCAGGAUCCUAGAACACGCAGCUGCAACCGCCGAAGACGGAAAAAUCGUCGCAGAAAUCCAACUAUAUCGCAUAGCACUCAAGCUCCAACACAGCCAGCACCGCCUCCAAUUCGCCGAAGCCGAAUACGAAGAAAUCGAGCGCUGGAAAAUGGAAUGGGCCCAUCUCCUAACAAACAACGAAGACUCAACCUUGGACCUAAACCUCUGGUUCUGCCAACUCCUCCUCCACAGAACAGCAACACGCCUCCAACCAGAUAGCGACCGCCUAACACCCGAAAUAAGCGGCACAGCCCGCCUAAUAAUCUCGAAAUUCCUCCAAACCCGCUUCAGCACCGCCCCCAGCCUAAUCGACCACGUCUACUUCAUAGUCGGCUACGCAGCCCUAACACUAUGCGACUACAAUCUCACGGACCCGCUGAUCAGCCAAGUCCGCGGCUUCCUCCUGCACCUUGCCCCAAGCGGCGAUAACCUACCCUACCGCAUCGCCUGUAUUGUCGGCGAAGUGCAGCGCCGGUAUUCAGAGGCAACGACUGUAGUCGCUACCGCCGAGCAUGCUUCUUUGCCUUCUUCGUCGCCGGUUGAUGCGAAGGGGACGCCGUUGUAUGGUCCGCAUUCGCAUUCGCAUGCUCAUUCCCAUCCCCAGGCGCAAGCGCGGAAUAUGGAUUUAUCGUCGCUUAUGCCUGGUGCCGAGGUUUUGGAUAAUCUUGUUGAAGGGUAUGGGUGUCUUGAUCAGUUAAUGCCUGGAUAUGGGGCUGCUUCGACGGGCUUUGAGCCGCCUGCGCUGUUUCAGCAUCAUUCUGCCCCUGUUACUGGUGGGGCACUGCCUAUUGGUCUUGUUCCUAGGGCUUUGCAUGAUUGGUGA